AGAGCGCAGUGUGCGCACAGCUGAAAGAAAGCCCGGACUCCUCCACGCUCUAGUAUGUGCACAUUCACAUUGUGCAGCAGUAGCAGGCGGUCACUGGGCAGUGACGUCGCGGCCGUGUCGCAGGGCACCGAGAGCAACAGCAGGGGGCGCUCUUCCGUCCUCCAGCGGCAGCUCCGCCUCCUCCCGGCUCCCAUCACAAUGACGGUGUCCCAGGGCUGAUGGCAGCAGACACAGGGGGUGAGACGCAGGACGAGUGACCGUCACGCAGCCCGGACUCCAGGAUGCAGGAUGAGAGCUCGGUGCGGGUCGCUCUCCGAAUUCGACCUCAACUUGCCAAAGAAAAAAUUGAAGGAUGUCAUAUUUGCACGUCUGUGACACCUGGCGAACCCCAAGUGUUCCUGGGAAAAGAUAAAGCAUUCACCUUUGACUAUGUCUUCAACAUUGAUUCCAUACAAGAUGACAUCUAUUUGCAAUGUACAGAGAAACUUAUUGAAGGCUGCUUUGAAGGAUACAAUGCCACAGUCUUUGCCUAUGGUCAAACAGGAUCAGGAAAAACCUACACAAUGGGGACUGGCUUUGACGUGAAUAUUUCUGAGGAAGAGCAAGGUAUCAUACCCCGAGCUGUUAUACAUCUUUUCAGAAGAAUUGAAGAGAAAAUAAAAGAUGCACUGGAACAAGGUCUCCCCCCACCAGAUUUUAAAGUUAAUGUUCAGUUCCUGGAGCUUUACAAUGAAGAAGUACUUGAUUUGUUCGAUACAACUCGGGACAUUGAUGCCAGGCACAAAAAGUCUAACAUCAGGAUACAUGAGGAUUCAACUGGAGGAAUUUAUACAGUUGGAGUCACAACACGUUGUGUCAACUCUGAAGCAGAAAUGCUGCAGUGCUUGAAGUUGGGUGCCUUAUCUAGAACUACUGCCAGCACGCAAAUGAAUGUGCAGAGUUCUCGCUCACAUGCCAUAUUCACAAUCCAUCUAACUCAAAGCCGUGUUUGUCCUAAACUUGAAACAGACAACGACGUAGAUAAUAGGAUAAUGUCUGACUCUACACAAAUGAAUGAGUUUGAGACCCUUACUGCCAAGUUCCAUUUUGUUGAUUUGGCUGGAUCAGAGCGACUUAAACGUACAGGAGCUACAGGAGACAGGGCUAAAGAAGGAAUUUCCAUCAACUGUGGUCUACUGGCCCUUGGAAAUGUGAUAAGUGCUUUAGGAGAUAAAAGUAAGAAGAUCUCUCAUGUGCCUUACAGGGAUUCCAAGUUGACGCGGCUUCUCCAAGAUUCACUUGGGGGUAAUAGCCAAACUAUUAUGAUAGCAUGUGUAAGCCCAUCAGAUAGAGACUUCAUGGAAACUCUGAACACACUGAAAUAUGCCAAUAGAGCGCGUAAUAUCAAGAACAAAGUAAUGGUGAACCAGGACCGAACAAGUCAGCAGAUAAAUGCACUGCGAAAUGAAAUAGCACGUCUUCAGAUAGAACUGAUGGAGUAUAAAACGGGUAAAAGAAUUAUCGAUGAAGAAGGUGUUGAGAAUAUAAACGACAUGUUCCAUGAAAAUGCAAUGUUGCAGACAGAAAACAACAAUCUACGCAUGAGAAUUAAGGCCAUGCAAGAAACUAUUGAUGCAUUGAGAAGCAGGAUCACUCAGCUCAUGAGUGAGCAGGCUAACCAAGUCCUCGCCAGAGCAGGUGAUGGAAAUGAAGAAAUAAGCAAUAUGGUUCACAAUUAUAUAAAAGAAAUUGAAGAUCUCCGUGCAAAAUUGUUAGAAAGUGAAGCUGUGAAUGGAAAUCUUCGAAGGAGUCUAUCAAGUGCGUCAUCAAGAGCUUCUUAUUUUGCUGGCCGCUCUCCAUUCCCUACCUCCUUAGUAUCAGCUGAGAAAGAGACAACAGAAAUCAUAGAUAUGGCAAAAAAAGACAUAGAAAAAUUAAAAAAGAAGGAAAAAAAGAAAAAGAAAAGGCUACUGCAGCUCCAAGAAAACAAUCAAGAAGAAAGAAGUGUUGUGAAAGAUGAAAACACAGACAACGAAAAAUCUGAAGAGACAGGGUUUACAGGAAGAGAAACCAAUGAAUUAGAUAUUGAUGAAGGCCAAGAAGGAAGUGAUCACGAAGAGGAGGAUGAAGAUGAUGAUGAAGACGAUGAUGAUGCUGACGGAGCCGACAGCUCUGAUGAAUCAGAUUCAGAACUAGAUGAAAAAGAAAACUACCAAGCUGAUCUGGCAAAUAUUACCUGUGAGAUUGCAAUUAAACAGAAGCUUAUUGAUGAACUAGAAAACAGCCAGAGAAGAUUACAUACCCUGAAACAGCAAUAUGAAGAGAAGCUGAUGACGCUACAGCAUAAAAUUCGGGAUACACAACUUGAAAGAGAUCGUGUACUUCAAAACAUUGGUUCAAUGGAAACGUGUACAGAGGAGAAAACAAAAAAAAUAAAGACUGAAUAUGAAAAGAAGCUACAGACUAUGCACAAGGAACUUCAGAAACUGCAGACUGCCCAAAAGGAACAUGCUCGCUUACUGAAAAACCAGACGCAGUAUGAAAAACAAAUGAAGAAAUUGCAGCAAGAAGUAGCUGAAAUGAAGAAAACAAAAAUUCGUCUAAUGAAGCAAAUGAAGGAAGAACAAGAAAAGGCCAGAAUGGUAGAAUCUCGUAGAAACCGUGAAAUUGCCCAGCUUAAGAAAGACCAGCGGAAGCGAGAGAGUCAGCUAAGAACGCUGGAAUCCCAGAAAAGACAGCAGGAAUUAAUACUUCGUCGGAAAAAUGAAGAGGUUACAGCACUUCGGCGACAAGUAAAACCGAUGUCUGAUAAAGUGGCUGGGCGGGUUAGCAGCCGCAAAAUAAGCUUGCCUGAAACUGUUUCUGAUCAUGCUAUUGAAGAUAAUGAUUCAAUGAAAAUCGGAGGACAAUCGAGGCCUAGAAUCCCUAUUGCUAGAGUCCAGCCUGCAACGUCUAAUGCUAUAAAUGGAACAAGAAAAAAACAUCAAAGGAAAGGAUCAAGCAUUUACACUUCAAAGGCAGCCAGGCAGAAAUGGCAGUCACUGGAGCGUCGGAUCUCUGCCAUUGUAAUGCAGAGGAUGACUAUCUCCAAUAUGGAGUAUGACAUGAACCGGCUACUGAAGCAACGUGAGGAGCUCACAAAAAGAAAAGAAAAGGUUACAAGGAAAAGGGACCGAAUUCUAAAGGAAAAUGGAGAUAUUGACAAAAAUAUUAACAACUUGAAUGAAGAAAUUGAGUCAUUGAGUGCAAAUAUAGACUACGUUAAUGACAGCAUAUCUGACUGUCAGGCCAGCAUUAUGCAGAUGGAAGAGGCGAAGGAAGAAGGAGAUACAUUGGAUGUAACUGCUAUAAUUAGUUCCUGCACUUUAACAGAGGCACGAUAUCUGCUCGAUCAUUUUUUUUCCAUGGCUGUUAACAAGGGUCUUCUAGCUGCCCAGAGAGAGGCUCAAAUUAAAAUUUUAGAAGGACGUCUGAAACAAACUGAAAUCACAAGUGCAACGCAAAACCAGCUUUUAUUCCAUAUGUUAAAGGAAAAAGCAGAACUGAAUCCUGAACUUGAUGCUCUUUUGGGCCAUGCCUUACAAGACCUAGAUAGCAUUCCACUUGAAAAUCCUGACUAUAGUAGUGAUGAGGAAGGAUCUCUACAAAGUCCCGGAACAGAAGGCAGCUCUUUGUCCUCUGACUUAAUGAAGCUGUGUGGUGAGGGGAAACCUAAGAGCAAGGCGCGGAGGAGAACUACAACCCAGUUGGAGCUGCUUUAUGCAGAUAACAAUGAAAAUGCUGCUGAUCUUGUUGCUGGAGAUACGGGGUUGUCACCUCACCUUCCGUCUGUUCCCGAAGUGCAAGCAGCUCCAAUACACAUGGAGACAAGCGGCAGUAAUGUUAGGGAGAAAGAUUCCCAGGCCCCACCUUCUGGCUUACCUUCUAAAAUAGGCAGCAUAACCAAGCAAAACCCAUCGGCUGAGAGGCGUGUACCUGAACCUUCUCCCUCAUCAAGAAGGAAAACUUAUGACCGAAGUGGAGAGAAGAUCAGUAAAACCAAAGAUCAAAAACUCUCAGAUUCUGGAACUUCAGAGGCUAGUCUCUCACCUCCUUCUUCCCCAACAAGCCGGUCCCGUAAUGAAAAGAAUGUUUUUAGCCGUCUCACAGUUUCUCAGGGAAACGCAACAUAUCAGCAGGAUAAGUCUGAUGAAAGUGAUUCCUCUCUGUCCGAGGUACACAGGGGCAUAAUUAACCCAUAUCCUACUUGCAAAGGUAACAAGACAUCGCUUGUACAAUGUAUCCAUAUAGCUGAAGGGCACAACAAGGCUGUGCUAUGUGUCGAUGCUACAGAUGAUCUUCUUUUUACUGGAUCUAAAGAUCGAUCUUGUAAAAUAUGGAAUCUCGUCACUGGUCAGGAAAUUAUGUCCCUUGGAGGUCAUCCCAAUAAUGUGGUGUCUGUGAAGUAUUGUAACUACACAAGUCUAGUAUUUACAGUGUCAACAUCUUAUAUUAAGGUGUGGGACAUCAGAGAUUCUGCAAAGUGCAUACGGACACUUACAUCUUCCGGUCAAGUGAUGGCCUGGGAUUCAUGUGCUGGAAGUCAGAAUAGGACAGUGACCAUUCCGCCUGGUGAAAACCAAAUAAAUCAAAUUGCACUAAACCCAACUGGCACCUUCCUGUAUGCAGCAGCUGGAAAUGCAGUGAGAAUGUGGGACUUGAAAAGGUUUCAGUCUACAGGGAAAUUAACUGGACAUAUUGGACCUGUCAUGUGUCUUACUGUAGACCAGGUUGCCAGUGGCCAAGAUCUAAUUAUCACAGGCUCAAAGGAUCACUAUAUCAAGAUGUUUGAUAUAACUGAAGGGGCUCUUGGUGUUGUAAGCCCUACACAUUGUUUUGAACCUCCUCAUUAUGAUGGUAUUGAAGCGCUCAUCAUUAAUGGGGAAAAUCUUUUCAGUGGGUCAAGAGACAAUGGAAUAAAGAAAUGGGACCUCUCUCGGAAAGACCUUCUUCAGCAAGUCCCGAAUGCUCAUAAAGAUUGGGUAUGUGCUCUUGGAAUUGUGCCCAGCUGCCCUGUUGUUCUGAGUGGCUGUCGAGGAGGCAUCCUAAAGCUCUGGAAUGUAGACACAUUCAUGCCCAUUGGAGAAGUGAAGGCACAUGAUAGCCCUAUAAAUGCAAUCUGCACAAACUCUAAUAAUAUUUUUACAGCAGCAGAUGACCAAACUGUGAGGAUUUGGAAAGCUCAUGGUUCACUGGAUGGACAAAUUUCAGAUGCUGGGGACACAAGUGAAGAUGUUGCCAGCAAUUGAACUGGAAGUAGAUAGUUUUAAGGAGAUACUGUGACAAGCUGUUUACCAUUUAGGCACAUUUGGGCAUUUAAUAUAGUAUGCGUAUUGGAAAUAACUGGAAACUCUGACUGUAACAUUACUGUAUUCUUAAAAGUGCUACUCUCUGCUUAACGUCUUGCACACUUGUGCAAAUCCUGCUGGUCACUAAUCUGUAAACCUUUGCACUCUUACUGAACAAAGUGGACUUGCUUUUUGUUAUGUCUCAGCAUUGGAUACAAAGUGACUUCUGUGUGCUGUACAAUGGUUCUACUGUAUUGUGAGGUAAAUGUAUGUAAGCAAGUGUAGUACUGUAUAUGGUACUCUAGUAUCAACUAUCACAUGUAAAGCUGGGUGCCUGUAGUUUUCACAAAUGCAACUGCUAAGUGCAGGGGUGGGCAACCUUUGGCACUUGCUAAACUAGAUCUUUCAUGAUGUUACUGUCCAGGCAGAUAAUAAUCAUGAUGUAUUCAGUCCAGAACCAUCUGAAGUGCCAGAAGGAGCCCGUCUUUGUCAUAAAGCUUUUGGUGUUUCAUAUUGUACACACUUGACCAAAGUUUUGCUUUUCUGCACGCACUUGUGCUCAGGAUUUCAGGUGCAGUAAUUGUCUAAUCUCUAAUGCAUUACACCUUUCUUCUUUCCUGAGGAUAUAAUAACCUCCUUUGUGGCUAAAAGGCAAUGCUUUGUUUUAUGUGUUGUGUGUCAAACUGUCAACAUUUAAAGUAUGCUCUAAAUUAUUUUUAUUUCUUUUACUACUUAUAUUUUUUCUCGUAGCUGCAUACAUUUGCUUCUCUCAUUUAAAAAAGCUGCUAAAUUUAUUUUAAAUACUGUUUUUUUUUAUUUGAGAGUUUGAAAUAGUUCGUCAUCUGUGGUAGAAAACAAUGUAUAUAAUUUGGUUGUAUAAAGAUUAUUUGGUGUUCUUGCUUUGAUUUUAAAAUGCUGUGUGAAUCCUUGGAAAAGGUUACGUUACAUUGUUUUCCUAAUAUUAUUUUGUAAAUUUGACACUUGCAAAUUUAAUAUAGAUUAAACAAAUAUUUGUGCAUUUUAAGUUUGUAGAUACUGUAGAAAUAAUUUGUGAGCAUCCGUUUAGCUAAGGCAAAAAUAAACACAUGCGCAAAUA